UCUACACACUUCGGAAUAUAGAUUUUGUUGAGGCGUUUUGCCUGAGUUUGGAAAACAUUAGAGAAGGACUGCCUUCAAACUAUUAUGCACACAAUCUGUUAAGAUAUGUACACAUUUCCUUGUGACAUGGUAGAGAAGUGCAUAGAGUAUUUAUAGGAACCGGCUUUUAUAACGCUAUCAGCGGACUCGAGCAAGUAUGGAAAUCGAUGGGAAUUCAUUGUUUGUGGAGAUUCACCCACAUCAUCAUGAAGUAGGAAUAGCAAAGCGACUGAAACUUUUUUGAUCAGUGAGCGGAGUGUUUUUAUUCUUUAUAUUUUAAAUUAAUACAUUUUAAAUUAAUAAAAGAAAAAUCGGUGUACUUUUAAUCAAAGACAAGUGGAAAAGAAUUCAAGCGAGAGCCUGUGAGAAAAGAAGCUGUCCCAUGUAACGAAACGUAAUCGUUUAAGUUUGUUUUUAGCUAGUUUUAGAGAUUUUUUUGUAGUCCUAGUUUUGGUACAAAUACUAUAUCAUCAAUUGGGUGUAUAUAAGGCGCCCGAUAUAUCUUUUGAAGCCAUGUCUUAGAGAAAAUUUUAAGCGGUUUUAACAAGUUUUAAGAAGUUGUUUUGGCUACUACACCAAAGAUGAGGUCUUCUUUGGCUCCCGGCAUUAGACUGAUCACGUCCUUCUCAAGAGACAGCUGGUACCGAGGUUUCACCCUCUUCCUCACCUUCCUCUUCUAUACCAGCUACCAUCUCUCCCGGAAACCCAUCAGCAUCGUUAAGAGUCAGCUGCACAGAAAUUGUUCCACCCUCAUUCGACCUCCAAACCUCAAUGGAACUGACAAUGAAACCUGGUGUGACUGGGCGCCCUUUGACCAGGACAACUACCAGACACUGUUUGGAGCCGUGGACAACUCCUUCCUGGUUGCUUAUGCCAUUGGCAUGUUUUUCAGUGGGAUAUUUGGAGAGCGCGUGCCCCUGCGCUACUACUUGACCAUCGGUAUGCUUCUCAGUGGUCUCUUCACGUGUCUGUUUGGCCUGGGCUUCUACUUGAACAUCCACUCAAUAUGGUACUACGCCUUCGUCCAGGCAAUGAAUGGACUGGUGCAGACGACGGGCUGGCCUGCAGUGGUGGCCUGCGUUGGGAACUGGUUUGGAAAAGGGAAACGAGGGUUCAUCAUGGGCGUCUGGAACUCCCACACCUCGGUAGGCAACAUCCUGGGCUCGCUCAUCGCUGGCGUCUUCGUAUCCUCGGCCUGGGGCAUGUCCUUCAUCGUGCCUGGCAUCAUCAUCGCCUCCACUGGCGUUCUCUGCUUCUUCUUCCUGGUGGAGAAACCAGAAGAUGUCGGUUGCAGCCCUCCGCAACACCAUGAGGACAAUGAGAAGGAGCCUCUCUUACAGAACUCAUACAGUAAUGAGGAGAUCUUCAGCAGUCCUGGCCAGUCCAACUCUAUCUCCUCUGAGCCGGCAGAGGAGCACACCAAGGCCAUCAGCUUCUGUGGGGCCCUCAGGAUACCUGGCGUGAUGGAGUUCUCCCUCUGUCUGCUGUUCGCUAAGCUCGUUAGCUACACUUUCCUCUACUGGCUUCCUCUCUACAUUGCUAACGUUGCCCAUUUUGACCCCAAGGAAGCUGGGGACAUGUCAACACUAUUUGAUGUAGGAGGAAUUGUUGGGGGCAUCGUGGCUGGACUGGUGUCGGACCAAACUGGGGGCAGAGCCUCUACCUGCUGUGUCAUGUUAAUCCUGGCUGCCCCUAUGCUGUUCCUGUUCAACCACAUUGGACAGCAUAGCCUAGCAACCACAAUCGGGAUGCUGUUGGUGUGCGGAGCCCUGGUGAACGGCCCCUACGCCCUCAUCACCACCGCUGUGUCUGCUGACUUGGGGACGCAUGAGAGCCUGAGAGGAAAUUCUAGAGCGUUGUCAACGGUCACUGCAAUUAUUGACGGCACGGGGUCAAUAGGUGCCGCCCUAGGUCCUCUGUUAGCAGGGCUGAUCUCUCCGACGGGAUGGAACAAUGUCUUUUUCAUGCUGAUCACUGCUGAUAUCCUCGCCUGUUUGCUGCUGUCCAGGCUGGUGUAUAAAGAGGUGAGGGGCUGGUGUGGACACAGCCCCAGACAUGGAGGGUUCAAAGAAAUCUGAGUGGCCGCCUGGGACAAGAGACCGUAUCACACCUGCGAGGAUGGGCGCAGGAAAAAUGACCCAGUAAUAAUCCCUGAGGCACACCAUGAUUCAUACGGUUCUAGUCCUUUCAUCCUUCAGCCUUAAUGGGUCCAGACCUCGUCCCCAGUGGAUGAAAGGAGCUGAAAAAGGAGGAAGGGGCCAUUGAUAUUCUGGGACCGUCUGACAGAGAGAACAUGUCCUUUCCUCAAGUGACCGCAAAGCUCUUUCUCUUUUAAACCCCAAAAAUACACUUAAUUUUUUUUUUUUUAAUAGACUGUCUCUCUUAUAGCUCCUCUCAGUGCAGUGUGCAUCUUUCAUGUUUUAGCAUUACAAUUCUGUGCACACUGUGCCUUUCCCCAAUCUCCCCUCCAGUUGACAUCAUUUUGCACAGCCGGGGGAUGCCAAACUACAUAAGCAGUAAAGGAGGAGUUUCAAGGUAAUCAAAGGCUGUGGAGGUGAAUGUCAUCACCAACAAAAACACAACAGAUAAGGAAACAUUUGCUGACCGACCUAAAAAAUUAAAAAAUCUCAGACAGCA